AUGGCACUGCAGCAACAGCUGGCGACUGUGCAAGCAGACGUCCAAAGGUUGCAGGCAAUCGUAAACGAGAUUCCAUCUCUGCGGAUGGAGAUGGACUUAUUGAGAGCUGAAGUUGAAAACUCUUCGCGCCGAAUGGGUGUCACUGAAGACUUUGAUCGGCGACUACAGGCGAACGUGCAUGCAUCAGUACGACAAACGAUCCUGCAAGAAAACGCGCGAAUUUAUCAGGAGAUGGCACGACUACGCGCGCAGUGCCAUGAGGUUUUGGCUCGAGGCCCCAACCCACAGCAAGAAGCCAACCGGUCAUGGGCAGAGUACCUUGGCUUUGCUUCAGAAAGCAUGGCCCCAGCCGACUUCAAGUCACCAGACAUGGAUGACGGGGAGAUGGACUCAGAGGAUGACGUGGGACACAUGCCGGGCUCAGAGCCCAUGCGCCAAAUCCUACACCCGGAUCAACAGGCGACACCAUUUCUUGGACUGGAGCUCAUCGAUUUCCAGCAUUCUAUCUGGGAUGCUGCGCUGAUUGUCAUGCUUCAUUCGCGGGACAGAGCUCGGGCGGUUGUAGGCAACUUUAAUGCCUUCCUGGCAACAACUCUGUUGAUAAUGAAUGUUAUCAUUCAAGUUGGUCUCAUACUCGCGAUCAAUUCGCUUGCGGAGCCGAAUCCGCUUGGGAGCUUGAAGGAGGUUCUGCGGGAGCAGCGAAUACGGGAUGGUCAGGCAUAUCACAACUUCGACCGGAAGGAUUUGAUAACACAGACCCAGCAGAUUUGCAGUGAGAAGCUUUAUAAUGAGAUGGCAGACACGACACAUUGGCUCUCAGAAUACACGAACCGUGGCGGAGCCUUUGGCAAGUUGUCUGGAGAUGUGAUUUGCAUGCUUGCCAUGUUCGUAUGGGUGACAAGCAUGGCGACAGAACUUCGACGGACAGGGCAUGACAUGGGCUUGGUAGUGCUCUCACUCCCACGGACUGAAGAGAUGCAAUGGGAGCUUCGGAAAGGCCGCUACAUAAUUACAGGUGUGAAAAGAGUGCAGAAAGUUCUGGCAGUGAUGAUGGUGAUCCUGCCAAGAUUAUUGAUAGCAGUCUUCUUGUUAUGGUAUGGCAUGAUCUAUUUAGCUGGUACUAUUAACAUCGACGACCUGCUUCUCAACGCAGUUGCUCUUGAGUUUGUCAAGAAUGUGGAUGAGCUUCUUUUCGAGGCGCUUGUUCCGCGGCGCAUGGCGGCGAUGGUUAGCCACAUGGCAAUACAGAUAUAUGUUUCGCGUCACCAUACUCUCCUUCCGAAUGAGCGACUGUAUGAGGGCCGGCUUAGCUUCAGCGGUCUCAUGCCGGCAGAAACCACGCGUGGCCUGAGCCUGUCGGUUCAAACCUUCUAUGCACUUUUUCGCGUUUUCUACAUUGCCAUCAUCCUUCUGGGCGCAUGGGUCUUUUACCUUGCGCCAGUGGCUGCAGAUGCUCGUGAAGCUCUCGACGCAGUGUGCGGACACGACACCACCUUCACCUAUAUGUUGCACCCUGUCACCAACAUUCCGGUCUUUGCGCAUGUGGAUCCGCUUGAACCUGGGCGCCACGAUAAAGAGGAGUUGAGAUGUUUCUAUGCUGCUCAGUUUGAGAUGGUUAAGCUGCGAGCGGGUUUCCAGUCGGAUUACCUUUACCCCAACUCCACCCUGGACGCCAUGAUCGCGGGCUUUCACCCCACCUGCAAGCCAGAGAACAUUUGGGAGAAUGCGGAGGUGGCAUGUCCAGAGAGCAGCCUGCAGUAUUUUGAGAGAACAAAGAUGACUGGGCCUGCAGAUUUCUUCAAGAACAAGAAUCAAGACUGCAGAGAUCAGGACGUUUUCUUUGCCGUCCUGCGAGCUCUGUGCACGCAUCCCAAGUUCACCGCCUACACGGCGGGCGAGUUGGACUUCUUUCAGGACACUCUUCAGUGCAGUGAUCUACAAGACCAGUGCCACAAGAGCCGACAUCAUGAGAUUUCUUUGCCAUGGUUCUGGCAGCUGCAGAAAACCUGUCCCGAAAGCUGUGGAAUGUGCGAGAAGGGUUCACCUGGCAGGGCUUCGAUGGUGCCGCUUGGAGCGUAG